AUGGCAAGCUCCUGUGUCAAGUGCUUCUUGCAAAAAUCUGGAGAGAAGCUGCGGACCAGCUUCCCCUGGUUAACAUAUUCUUGGUCGCCGACCUUCAAGGCUGGAUGCACCCUUUGCCAGGCGUGGGCCAAGGAAGCCGGCUGCGCAUCCACCCGAAAGAGACAGUUCAUAGACCUUGGUUUGACAACCGUGGCAUCACUUCGCCCUUCCCGCUUGCAAAGGCACGAAAGCCAGAGCGAGUUUCACAAGAAAGCGUUGGAGAUGCACGAGCACAGUGGCAGGCAGACUUCAGAUGUGAGCAGCAAGCAUCAUCCUCCGCAGCUUGAGUUCCAAGAACUCGUCCGGGUUCUGCGUGAGGAACGGAAAACACUCGGUCGGGCGGGUGUGAGCGGCAUCGGGUGGCAGAAAAAAUGCAGGCAGAUGCUGUGGUGCCUUGCAGAGAGCAGCCGCGAGCAGAAGCGUGUCUUGUGGACUCCACGCCGACUUGACAAUAACUUUACUGUUUCAUGCACGAUUAUGCAAGACGCCCGGCGGAACAAACUGCGGCUGCGGUAUGUGGCAGCAAACAGCCGGAUGGAGAUUCGCUCAGGCUAUCUGUGCACAGUGGAUAUGUGCGACGCGGGUAUGGAUUCAAGCGCCAUACGCAAGGCAACCGUUUCGGCUUUGCGUCAGUUUGCCACCCCGAAGGCUGACAUUGCUUACAAUACACAUCACCAUCCGGUCGGUGCCAUUGACGAGUCCUGCCAGUUUUUUCAUUCGCUGUGGUCAGAGCAGCUUUGCAGCAGCCUGCUGGAUUCUGUGGAAGCGUUUGUGAGUGACGCUGCGUAUGAUGAAGUCAAGGCCGCAAGGCUGCUUCGCGGAAACGGGGGCGAUUUUGCCGAGCUGAAGAAUCUGCGCAUCCUUACGCGGGACAAGCCGCAUGCUUCGCGGCGCAACCUCUCCCGUGGUUGGGCUACAGAUGCCUUCCUUAACGAGGUUUCGGAGCGCUUUAUCUUUGGCCAGAAGAGUCCGGCGCGACUCAUAGAGUACAGCCCCAUGUUCUCCGCAGUCUUUCAGCAGCGUGUGCAGCAGCUGGAAGAUUCGCUGCGGGCUGUCAAGUCGCACCCAAAGCUGGGCGAUUUGCGCUUCGCCCCGCAUCGUUUCGAAUCUGGGAGGCCUUGUGGGCGUGCGUGUCUCUUCCUUCAUCCACUUCUACUGACUAUGGUUCAAGUGGCCAAGGAUCGCAAGGGGAAAGAAGAGGGCCAGGCGGCCGCUGAUUUUCUGAGCUGGGUUACUCCAGAACGUUGUCUUCAGCUGGCAAUGCAGGCAGACGCGGCAGAGGAAAACUUGACAUUCACACGCUCCCUUGACCGAGAGGUUUUCCCGCUGGAAGAUCUCACUUUCACUGUUGCUGGUUUCCGCGAUCGAUUGGAAGCCUUGUUUGCUGCAGAUUCGCUUGACGAGGCUGUCUGCCUAAAAACGGGCUACACCGCACACAUGUUGCGACUUCUCCGACAGCCAUUCAUGCUGCCGUCCGGUUCCUUCUCAUCCGCACAGGGUGUUCCGGCUGGUGUGGUGAAACGUUGCCUUGGUCGAAUGGCAAAUUGGACAUUGGUUGUACGCAAAACAUUGGAAGCUGAGUUUCCUGUUUUUGAGACAAUCCAGAGUUUCGGAGCCUUCAAAGUGACGCCUACGAUUGACAACCGCAUGUCUCAAGCAUCCUUGGACCGCGUAGCACAGUUUGGGCACUUGGUGGAUGUCUUUCGCAUCGCGGUGGAUUUGGAUAACGUGGACGCGGAGUUCAUGCGACUGCGUCACAUAGCCAUGCGGUUCGCUUCGCAGCAAGGGCUUUCCUCAGGAAAAGCUGUGCAUGAGAGUCUCAGCGACGGUCACCUGAAUGACGUGAUGGAAGUGCUCGACAUCCAGAGUCACGAGGAAGUCUCUGUGAUCCAGAGAGCAUGCCGAUUGUGGACAGAGGUCUAUGGCAGGCCACGUUUGGCUGGUCGUGGCAAGCGCUCAAUCCGACAAGAUGCUGGGAGAAAGAGAAUCGUCUGUGAGUCGGCCGGAACGCCCUCAGAAGCAGGCUUUCUGCGAAAAAGAUAUCGUCAGGUCUCUGAAGCUGCAGGUCAACCGGCCCUGGCAUCGUCAGCCAAAUAUGCUCUGGGCGCAGAUGAUUGGUCCGCGAAGCAUGAAGCUGAGGUGAAGUUUGUCGAAGAGAAGCGCCUCCGACGAAUGGCGGAGGAGAUAGCCGCUGGCAGAUUCGACCUUGCGGAAGCGGCAUCCACCAGUGACCUGGCCUCCAUCCUCGGCAUCCUCCAGAAAGACAAGGACAACGACAAGGCGGCCGUGAGAAAGUCUCAGAGGCAAGACCAAGAGCUGGCACGGAGGCAAUCGUCGGCUGCAAUUGAUCGUGUUGCUGCGCUGGACUGCCGGGGCGCGGUACCGCUUCAAAGGCUCACACAAGACGACCGCAAUGACAAGGUUUAUCUCGUUGAAGAUGUGACUAGGGCUCCUGCGCUAGUCCAUUGGCAGGCAGUGUUGCUUGGAGGCAUCCUUUGCACAAGCCAUGUCGGAGGGCCUGCCCUGGCGUUUUUCGCCAGUGUAUCCUCCAGGCGCAUCCUUUGGUUGAGUGACGGUUUCGUCCGCGACAACAGGGGCCUCAGCCAGCUACUUCUUGCGGGCCUUGAGCGCGCAAACAGCAAGUGGCAGCUUGCGCAAAGUCGACAGCAUUUUCUGCAGCGGGCUGUGAGAGUUAAGAAUGUGGCGGUUCUCCUGCUGACAGAUCCUGAAAAGAGCGACGAGGCCUGGCUGGCGACCUUUUCCUCCGUGGCUGCAAACGCGCAAGGGGCCCAGGCUAAGGGGCUCGAGCUCAAGGCCGACUACGUCUGGGUGGGGCCGUUUCGAGUGGCUGCUGACACAUUGCCGUCCUCAGACCACAAUGACGAGGGCAUCUCCCAUGGCCUAGAAACUCCAGCUGACAAGACGAAGAAGACUAAGAAGGAGGCGGUCGUCGAGAAGCGUGCGCCCGCUGAAGCCUCCUCAGCUGCCGCAGUUAAGAAGGGCAAGGGCAAGGGCAAGGGCAAGGGCGUCAAGGCCGUGUUGCAGUCUCCGCCUGGCACAACGUCUAAGUGUUCACCAUCGAAGCCGGUGCUGAAAAAGCCUGCGGCUGCGCGUGUGGCGAUGAAGAAGCCUUCUGCGUCGUUUGCCAUUGCCGAGUCUGCAGAUCUCGGUGACAACAUGCGGCUUGGCGGUGCCAGUGACGGUGUUGUGGUGCCGGUCGACAGCGACAGUGUCGAGCUGGUCGAGGACGGGGCGAUGGCAGUGUCGCUUAGUGGCGGUGACGCUGGUUCUGGCGCGGCGGUCCCGGAGCCCGAUUCCAUGAAGAAGGAGUAUGGCUGCUCGAAAUGCAGACAUCGGAGAAAGGGAUGCCCUUCCGCUUGCCAAGUUUGGGCCAAGAAAGGCUUGAAAGGGUACCUGACGGCUCCGUGUGGCGAUGGGUUGAAGUUCGGGCAGAGCAGCGUGCCCGUCCCCAAGGCCAAAUCGAUUCGGGAGACGCCCUGUGACGAGGACGAUGGCAAUGGGCCAGCCAAGAAGAAGAUCAGGGGCCGGACGUUGACUGUGUCGAAGCCUUUGGCGACGUUUGCAAAGAGAUUGCGGAAAGUGGUCUACGCCAGCGAUUGUUCUGGCUUAGAUGGAGGGGCCGUUGCCUUGAAGGAGGUCUUGGGAGGCACUGGGUUCGGGCAUUGGUUUGGCAGCGAAAUCUGCCCCAAGGCCCGACGGGUUUUCUGCGCGUGGCAUCCGAAGUGUGAGGUCCUUUACCAGGACCUAACCAAGCGAGAUGUGGAUGAUAUGAAGAACCUCUUCCAGCGUGAUGUCAAAGAAACAUGCUUCAUCUACACAGCUGGCUUUCCUUGCCAGCCUUUUGCGAAGUGUGGCUUGCGCCGUGGAGAGGCUGACUCAAGGGCCCAAGUGAUUUGGCACAUCUUGUACACGGUGGAGGAGUUGCUUCCAGACGUCGUCCUGCUGGAGAACGUCUCCGACCUCGUUGAGUUUCCACGGUACAAAGCUCACUGGGACGAAAUCCUGCGCCUCCUGCGGGGCAUACACAAUCACAUCUACAACGUCGAGUUCAAGAUCCUCGACUCCUGGUGGUACGGUAGAGUGCCAGCCUCAAGACGGCGCGUCUACUUGGUGGCAACCCGCCGUGACACUUGCGGUUCAUGGCAGUGGCCAGCGCAACUACCAGGUGUUCCUCUUGACAGCAUCUUGGAGGCAGACCUUCCGGAGGUUGACUUGGCGAAGCUUAGCAAGACAGCUUUGGCUGCCAUCAAUGCAGCCUUCAAUGAGAUCAGGAAAAAGUACCCGCAGAGCCAGCCCUUCAAGGAGCCGUGGGUUGUUGAUGCUGGGGCGUCGGUGCAGUUCCUGAACUACAAGUAUGAUUGCCUUCCGUGUGUCAUCAAGUCGCAUGCCGGCACGCUUUGGCUCAUGCACAAGGGUCGCUUCCUCUCCGUCAAGGAGUUGCUGCGCAGUCAAGGCAUCGAUCUUCAUGCCAAGGGUCACAGUCACCUUCAGUGGCCGAUACCUGGGGUCACAGAUCCUAUGAUGCGGCAGCUGUUGGGGAAUGGCUUCACUGCCUCUCAGUGUGGUGCUAUGGGCGGCAAGCGCAAGGCAAGCGACACGGUUCCCAAGGCCAAAGCUGGGGAGAAGAAGGCGGCGAAGGCAAAGGCAAAGCCGAAGCCGCUGGUGGUCAAGCCUUGUACUGAACUCGAGCUCUCCAAGGAUUCCCUGAACGCCCACGUCCUCGCACACCUGGCCUCCUGCGAUGCUACCACAUUGAAGGAGGAGUGCUUCGCAGGCAUCCUGGAGGAGCCCCCAAAUGGAACUUGCGGGCUGCUGCCGUACGAUGCAGGUGUGGCCACCGCCAAGCUAUCGAAAGGGGAGCCCUACUGCUGCGCGGCGCCGCUGUGGUGGCUGAACUUGAAUUGGGAACUACAGCCUGGGGUGCCCAAGUACAAGUGCCGCCUGGAUUGCCUACAGAAGCACUUCUUCAGCAAGGCCGCGUUCAUCAAGAAGGAGGUGCUUGUGUACGUGGAAAUGCCAGAGCUGCCGCACUUGAACAAAGGGCAGCUUCUUGCUUUCGACAGCCCCGAAAUCCGAGACGCCUUUCGUCAGGCACUUGCCGCGGCAGUCAACCAUGCUCGUGACAUGGAGAUCACGGAUCGCCAGGAGGCCUUGAAGCCAUGGAAGGACGCAAUGCUGUCCGUGCCCUUCAGGUUCAAGGCCAUCGAGGCCGAGCAGCAUGUGACGAACACGUUGUUCAGCCCGGACAGCAUCAUCCAGGAGCGUGAGGAUGUCGGCGUUCUGCACGAGAACAUGAGGACUUCCGCUCUCAUGAGGUCCUUUGAGGUGAUGGACCUCAAGCGUCAGUUAGAGUCUGGGGAGAAUGCCGAGAAGCAGACAAAGCAGAGCCUGCGAGACAAGUACUCCGAUAUCAAGAUGGCCAAGGGAAGCGAACCAGUCACUGUUACCUUUGUGGAGCAAGCCCAAAUGAUACACAACAGCGCGGCCAUGAGUUCACCGCGUGUGCGCAACAUCCUCCUGAGGUUCGACGAGCAAGGAUUAGAGAAUCCGAUGGACUCGCUCCAUAAAAUUCGAGAAGUAAUCGUGCAGUCCGACAAAACCAAGACCGAUAACCUCGAAUGGAACUUCGAGAUGUUGUUUGACUUUUGGCAGACUUGUUCAGAAGGUGGCGGUAAACGUGACAACAUAUCACUAGGUCUCCUCGAAGGGAAGAUGACCGGGUGGAACGGAAAGAGCUUGCCUCAGCUUUUCCUGUACAAACGCAGCCUGCUGCACUUCCUGUGGAAGACCAUGGAGAAGAUGACGUGGCAUUCAGAGGUGAAGGAGCUCCUUCGCUCGGUCACCGUCAGCGUGGUCGCCUGUCGCCGCCACCUAGGCACGCUUGACAAGCCUGCUGCGUUCGAACAGCGAGCCGGGUGGCCCGAAAGCGCAGACGCGCUCUUGCUCGCAAUCGAGAGCCUGGUCUACUCCUACCAGCAUGAUGAGAAGAUCCUGGCCUCUCUGAAGAACAGGAAGUCAGUGGAGGAGUGUCUGAAGCACGCCGACUUGAAACACUUCAUGGAAGCAGUGGACAAGACUCCCCCCGACGGCAACGUGGAUGAUGAAAACGAUGGCGUCGGCGAGGGAGAGGACGACGGUGAGUGUGCCGAGGAGGAAGGGGGCGACGCGCUGCCCGCCGUGCUUGACUGCAACAGGUCCGCUGCCGAGAUGUUCAUGCACAACAGCAGCGCGGAUACCGACGACAAGGUGCUGGAGAUGCGGAACAAGAUUAACAUGGGCGUGAAGGGAGCGGAGCGCAGGGUGAAAGGCUUGGUGAAGCUGGUGGCUGAGACAAGCGAGUCGAGCGACUUGCAGGCCUUGAUCGCCAACACGUCCGCUUUAAAGGUUCAAGGCAGCAAGAAGCAUUACAACGUCACUGUGGUUGAUGCAAAGCUGCUUUGCGAGAGUGGAGUCCAAGCCAAGUAUCGACCCCCUCCAACACGCCAGACGCAACUCACCAAGUUGCUGGAGGCAGCGUAUGGCGCCAAAGGCUCCGACUGGACUAUCGGCGACGCUAUCGUCGCUCUGGAUGGUGGCAAAGCAGACUUUGAGGAGAAGAUCCUGAAAGCCUUGCCCCAAGCAAAGAAGCUGCGCCUGACGAAGUACUAUGUGACCUACACGUCGGAGUCCUUGGAAGGCAGAAUCCAGCGGCAGCAUCAGGAAACCAGCUUGAACCAGAUGGAGUGCGUCUACGUGUUCACUGUGGAGCCGCUCUCGGUGAUUGCCAGACCAAGGGCGACUAUGCCGACACAGACGACGCGGGGCAAUGUCAUCGGACCAUUGACAGCUGUGAAGUGGAGUGACGCCAAGGAGUGCUGGAACAUUCGCUGGGUCGACAAGAAGAAGAUGCUGGGCGCAGAGAACCUCGCCGUUCCGGAUGAGAAAGGUGAGGAAAAAGCGUGCAAGAACUCCGACGUGAUCCCAGCCUUUUUUUGGGAAAGCCCUGAGACGCUCGCCCAGGAGAUUUGCCAUUCUCUGGGGGCUGUCGCCGUUUUGGACCUGUCCGCAGGCAGCGGGCACUGGGCACUCAGUUGCCUUCGGCUGCGGCUUCCUUAUGUCGGAGUAACGCUGACUGCCACGCACAGUUCCAUGCUGGAAAAGAAGCUCACGUCCAAGGUGCUCAGCUUGAUGUCGGUGUCGGGAAAUUCCCUCUUCGACGCUGCCCACGCUUCUGCGCUCCAGGAGGCCACGAAGGGGCAAGAAGAGAACACCAAGAAUCAAAAGAAGAGGCCAGCGCCCAAGCCUAAAGUCCGUCCUGAGCCUGCGGUGGGCCAGAAUGCUGGAGAAGGUGGGCAAGAUGAGGCAGAUGGCGCGGCUGGCGGUGGCUCCGGCGGCGGUGAGGUCGCGAACAUGCUCUUCGAAAGCCUGGUGCCCGAAAUACGAGCGCGCUGCCGCCGUGUUCCUCAGCACGAAUCUGAGCGAUUGACGUACAUCACCAGUGCGUGCGGUGCUCUGAACACUGAGCUUUUCGGAUUUCAGGGGUUAGUUCUGCGGGACUACUUUGCCGACUUCAGUAGGACUGGCCCGAUCAUGCAGCAGCAAGGCGUCCAAGGACACCAUGGUGGCUGGCACGCGUGGAAUGGCUCCAGUGAAGGAGACAACAACGGGGGCUGGCACGCGUGGAAUGGCGGCUGCAAUGCAGGAACAAAGGACGGUGGCUGGCACGCGUGGAACGGCCACAACCAGGAUGAUGUCGAUGAGUGUGAGCCGGCGCCGGAGGACUUCUGGGGCUCCAAGACAACGUCUGACACGCGGAAGCGGGGCCGUUCCCACUUCGAAAGGCAGCUCAUCCGCCAGCCUCUCGUUGAUGAGAACAAGGUUCUGAGGAGAGAGCUUGCGGAGGCAAAGGAGAAGAUGUCAAGCCUGAACCAACAGCUGGGGCGAGCCCAGGUUGUGGAGGACCGUUUGAAGGCCGCAAACAAGUCCCUGGCGGAAGAGAAGGAUAAAGUCGCCAAGCUGAAAGCAGAGUGCCCAGGGCCAGAAGGCUUGAUGAAGAUGGCCUCCUUGAUGGAGCGGAACAAGGACCUGGAGAACUUGCUGGCCUCAGAGCAAGCCAGCGCCCACAAGGCACUGGGAGUGGUGGAGGCCAAAGAUGGAGAAGUCAAGCAGCUCAAAGAUGAGCUCCGCGAAAUUCAGGGCAUCAAGCAGGAGGCGACGAAGGCAAAGGCGGAAAACGUGAGGCUGCAGGGAGACAACAAUGCCCUCUCGCAGCAGCUCUUGAUCAUGGAGGCCACCGGCGAGCAACGCACGUUGGAGAGCCAGGCGGACCAGGAGCUGAUUCGCACUCUGCAAGGGAAACUGGACGAGCUGCAGCAAAAGAACACGACCCUGCAGGCUUCCUAUGACCAACUGCUGAUCGAGAAGCAGGAUGCUGAGGAUCGCCAUGAUGAGUUGCUGAAGUGCAAGUUGGAGGUGUGCCGCAAUGACGUUGAAGAGCCAACCUCGCCUGCCGAAUCCCUUGCCCACAACCCGGACGAGCCUGCUUGCAGCAGAGACAGCAGCAUGUCCCUGAAGUCUGCUGCGCAGCUGAUCAUUGUCUAUCUUCCGAAGCCCGCGGCAAAGCAAAAGCAGCUCUUCGCCUGGGGCGACAAUUUUUCCGGAGGAAAUUUCACAAAGAUGGUGGACAAGCAUGGUGUUUUCAUUCCAAGCGACCCCUAUCAAGAUGCCAUGGCGCGCGAGAUCCCGAUAGAAAAGAUCACGAAGAAGUUCUACAGGACCAACGGCGAGAAGAUCUUCGCCAAGACCCCCGAGAUGAACGAGAAAGGGAAAGGAAAAGGGAAAGGCAAGGGCAAAGGGCGACGCUUCGACGACUAUCGUUGGCAGCCGUACCAAAGCCAAGGCGCUUGGCAAGGCUCUUGGGGGAGCCCGUGGAAGCAGCCUGGAUUUGGUGGCUAUACCCAGUACGGCGCCUACUACCAGCAGCAGCCGAAUGGCGGUGAGAGGCCCGCGCGCGCUCAGUGCGAUCUCAUUUUGCUCAGCUUCUUCGAUGGGGUCGGAUCGGCGUUGAUCAUAUGCGAGCGCAUCUGUCAAGAGAAAGACUGGCAAUGGCGUGCGUUAGUGUGGGAGACUGAUGAGGACCUAGUGAAGCUCACUUCGGAUCGUUUCUCGAACAUCGAGCACCGGGGCGAUUUCGACUGUGAUAGCGUUGGAAAGGUCAUCGAGACACUGGAACAACUGGAUCCACGCCAUGAAGCUAGGAUUGUCAUUGCAGGUGGGCCCCCGUGCCACGAUAGCUCGCGAAUUCGCCAGAAUCCUCCUGGCCUUCAAGGAGAAGAAGGUUCCAAGGCCAUGCGCUUUGCUGAGUUUGUGCGAGAGCUGGAAGCCACUUGGAAUUAUCCGCAAGCCAUCCUUGUCGUGGAGAAUGUGGUGCCGAAGAACAAGCAAGAUGUGCGAGUGCUUGAGACCAAGUUGUCUGCGUCAGCGGUGGUCGCGGAUGCGUCCGACCUAGGCGUCAUUUCACGGCCUCGCCUCUGGUGGUCGAGAACCCCUUGGCAAGAAUUUUCGAACCGGCGUGAUCGUCCAGUGGAUGUUCGUUGGUCAACGUAUCAAGGUGUGCCGCGCGCGAGCUUCGUGCAACCCAAGGACAACCUGGCCCUCUACGACCUCGGCGGCCUGCAAUGGCCGAGCAAUGUGACGAAGAAAGGCGAAACACUGCCAUGUCUGACAACACCAUCAGAAGAUCCGUGUGGUCGGUCGGCCCCAAAGAGCUACAAAGGGAAAGCCGAUUCCCAAACGCAAGCCAGAUGGCUGAAUGAUGGACGUCAAUACGCGCCGUGGCAUUAUGAAGAAGGGAAUCUUUUCAUCGUGCCGGAGACCAACGCGCUGGUGAUGGCGCCCGCCGAAGUGAAGGAGCAACUGCAGCAUCUGCCCAAGGGAUGGACGGCGUCGCUCCCCGACAAGCAACGUCAUCGUGCACUUGCCAAUGGCUGGCACUUGGGCGUAGCCAAGUGGUUCUUCAUUCUUGGAUUGUUUGCGGCCGACCCUGUCACGAAGGUAGCUGCGUUGCCUUCGCCUUCGCGUGAACUUUCACCAUUGGGAUCCAGAGCUCUGGAGGGCAUGGCGAGAUUGUGGGAGUCGUCGCCGCUACUCAGUGGGCCCGGCGUCCCGGUCCUGUGCGAGGCGUUGGACCUUUCGGCCAUCGACGACAUGAAUGAACAUUGGGCGGCGGCGGAGUUCGCUUUGCACUCAGAUCAGACGCGACCUCUUCUAGAACCAGGCCUGGAUCAGUGGCUGCCUUUAUGGAAGCACUGGAAGCCCUACCUGGCGGAGAUUAGGAAGGGCGUUGCGGCCGUGGCUGACGUGCGCACGUUAGUGGAGGAGAUGCAGCCCGAGGUGGAUGCGUGGUUCCAAAAUUUGGAGCCGCAUGUUAAAUUGGCCUAUGGCUCGAAAACAGGAACGUGCACAGUCAAAGUCCCCGUGAUAGCCAAGAUUGCCAAGAUGUUCGGUUGGCAGGAUGAUUCUCUGUUCCAAGAGAUGAGCAGUGGUUUUCCUCUCCUUGGUCACAUCAAUCCCGGUCUGGGAUGGCGCCUUCGCCACGAUGAGCGGUACAGCGACCCGGUUGACCUCGAAACGUUCCAAGCAGACAAUUUCCAGUAUGUGCAGAAGAAGCUCAAGCAGGCCAGGGUAGAUCCAUUCUGGCAAACCAUGGCUGAGGAGAUUGCAGCAGAUGUCAAAGCAGGCAGGAUGGAAGGUCCUUUCGCGGUGCCUUCCUCGUGGAGCAAGGAGACAGUGGCGUUGCCUGACUAUACUCACACCGCUGAGCUUCUCCCGGCGCCGUCUUGCCACGAACACACAUGCUUCGCUUUCUCCGUGCAACAGGUAGGGUCCGAUGGGCGACGCAAAGUCCGGCGAGCAGAGGAUUGGCGCCGUUCCGGGGGCAACAAAACCGUCAACGUGCCAGACACACCUGCGUACCAUAGCAUUGAAGCCUUCAUUGCUGUCAUACGAGCGCUUCGACACCUGGGAGAAGAAGGCGCCAUAGCAACGUGGGGACUCGACCAUGAGUCGGCGUAUCGUCAACUUCCUGUGCUUCGACCAGCCGAUACCUACGUGGUGCUGCAGACGCCGCGGGGCCCGACACUCUGGCGACAUCGAGUCUUAAUGUUUGGGUCGGUUGCCAGCGUCUGGGGCUACUGCCGUGUGGCGGAUUGGAUGGCCUGGGCCAGCCGCUGUCUUCUUCUCACACCAGCGUUGCACUUCGUGGAUGAUUUCGGAGCUCCAGAAACAUGCCCAGAAGCAGACACCAGCUUUCAGUACGUGCAGACAGUGUGUUCCGAUUUCGGGUUUCGCUUCAAGCAGUCCAAGGCGCAGCCACCAGCUCAGAGACAGCAGCUACAAGGCGUUUCCCUCACUGUUCACAAGGACCAUGUCGUCGUGGAGGCCACCAGAGACCGGGUAGCCCGCCUUGAUAACCAGAUCCUUGAGGCUUUGAUGGAGGACAGAUUGACGCCGACGCAGGCGGCAACCUUGGCCGGAAAGCUGCAGUUCGUGGCGCAGUCAUUGUUUGGGCAGUCGAGCAAAGCUUCUCUUCGACCUCUACACCAACGAGCAGCUGCAGCGUACUAUCGGUCUUCCCAAACCGGGUGGAGGUUGAGUCCCGGUCUUCGCAGCGCGUUGGAGUUCCUCCGCUUCGCCCUCGCCGUGCAAAAGCCGCGGAAAGUGCUCUUUAAGUCAGAGGACCGGGCCAUCAUCUACGCGGAUGCCUUCUUCCAGCUCGACGGCAAAGUCGUGAAGAUCGGGGACGCUGAAGAUGUGCAUUGGGGGCAGACGAACCCAGCAGCGUUUUGCAACGGCUUUGGCUUCGUUGUCAAGACCGGAGAGAGGGUUUGGUAUGCCGCGGGCAGUGUGCCGUACUGGUUCCUAAGGCAUUUUUGUUCCAGGAGAGCAUACAUCUUUGUCUUGGAGGCGAUCGCUCAGAUCUUGCCAGUCCUUGCCUUGCAGCAGUGGCUGCCGAAGCAGCUGCUUCUUUUCAUGGACAACGAGCCUUCCCGACGAGCUCUGGUGCGUGGAUACGGCAGAGAUGACAGCGUCAACAAAUUGAUGCAAGUGGCCUGGCGCUUCUUCGAGGAGGAGGAGUUUCGGCCGGAAUGGCAGCGUGUGACGUCCUCGGCGAACAUCAGUGAUAAGGUCAGCCGCUUCGACUUUGCUGACGCCGAGAACAUGGGGUGGACAUGGCUGCAGCAUGAUUGGGAAGCUGAACUUCUUCGUCUUCUGAAUGCGGUGAAGGAGGGUCCCUUACGUGCAAAGGGAUAG